AUGCUGGGUUUCCUGGUCAAGUCGAAGCCGGCCUUGAGAAGGGCCUUGAAGCACUCCCGCAACAAACUGUUAGAUGACCUCGCGCAGCAGAUGUGCAGCGCCAGGUCCUCCCACGAGAGUCGCGUGGAGUGGAAGGUGCUAUACCAGCUGCAAAGAUUCGGGGGAAAGCGCUCCAGGUUUCAGGUCGAGGGGCUGAGAACCCGCCGUGGUCCUCAGGGUGAACUUCUGGCCACUUCUGGAGAUCUCUCGGAGGCCUUUACGGACUACUUUGCUGUAGUAGAGAACGGACAGACACUCAGCUGGGAAGAAUUCGUGGAACGAUGCAACGCCCUCCCUGAACGUGGUAACGUCUACCCCAGGGAGUUGGACAUGAUCACCCCCUUUCGCAGACUCAAGCAUGACAUCAUGAAGGCAGCCAAGAGGAGAGGAGCUGGACCUGACGGGCUCACCAACGAUCUCUUCCAGGUCGCUCCACAAGAGUGCACUCAGAUCUUGUUGCCGCUGUUCGUGGAGAUAGACAUGGCGUCCAGGGAGCCCCUGCUGUUCAAAGGCACGAGGCCAGGCAUGCCACUAGCGGACCUCCUGUUCAUCAUAGCCUUCGACCCUAUCAUAGUUGCGGUCAACAAUAGAUUCGGCGCUCUGGGAUAUCUUCAGAAGACCAGGGAUGUGGACCCGUCUCAGAGGAUUUUCAGAGGUCGAGAGCACGAGCAUGCAGAAGAGGAUGUAUGGGAUCCUGCCUUCAUGGAUGACCUCGUCAACGGCAUCGAGCUGUUAGACGCUAGGCUCUGGAAGGAGGCGGCCAUUUCCCUCGUCGCGAUAAUGUACGAAGAAACCAAGUCUAGGGGGUUCACCAUGAACUGGAAGGCGGGCAAGACGGAGCUCAUGGCCUUCUUCGGCGGCACAGGACCUAUAAGCACUUGGGCAGUUAUCAGGGCCAUCAAAUUUCUUUGGGACCCGAGCUGGCACACCGAUGCCAUCAGCAGCGACGUCCUCUCGGGGUACUGA